CGGAAAUCCGGGACACGUGACUAGGUGUCAGCCCUCACUCGGUGGCGGGGCUCGCUUGAGGUGCUGCGGCACGGGAUGGCGGAGGCGCCUCCGGUCUCAGGCACUUUUAAAUUCAAUACAGAUGCUGCUGAGUUCAUUCCUCAGGAGAGAAAACCUGGUCUAAAUUGUGGGACCCAAAGAAGACUAGAUUCUAAUAGGAUUGGCAGAAGAAAUUAUAGUUCCUCGCCUCCCUGUCACCUUCCUAGACACAUCCCUUAUGAUGACAUCUCUGCUGUUCAUCAGCACAGUUAUGCCUCUGGAAGCAAACCUAAGGGUCCACAGGGGUUUUUCCAGUCAUCUAAUAAAUCACACAAGAACCAUGGCCUUCAGAAUCAGCCAUGGCAGAAAUUAAGGAAUGAAAGGCACCAAAACAGAACCAGGAAAGCACAAGGGCUCACUGAGCAGACGUCAGAUACAUCGAGUUUAGAAAGUGUAGCCAGGUCAGAGAGUGGAACAAACCCUAGAGAACACAGCCCUUCUGAGAGUGAGAAGGAGGUGGUUAUUGCAGAUCCCAGGGGAGCGAAACCCAAAAAAGCAGCACAGCUUACAUACAACUAUGGCAGAGGACCAAAGGCCAAAGGGAGACUCAGAAGUGAGUGGGGUAAUAGAAUGAGCCCAAAGUCUGAGGACGAAAAUAGCAGACCUGUGCCGAUUUCCCACACUGACUCUUCAGAUGCCUCCUGCAGAAAACCUGUAGUGGAUCCAUGUGUGUGCAGACGGAAUGAGCAGAGAAGAUAUCCCCAGAAAAGGCCUCCCUGGGAAGUGGAGGGGGCCAGACCACGGCCAGGAAGGAACCCACCAAAACAGGAGAGUCAGCGGCAUAUAAAUGCAGGGCCCAAAACCAACAUGUCCCCCAUUCCAAAGGAUAGUCUCAGAGAAAGACCAACGAAAUCAGCCUGUGACACUGGAAAUUUGGCAGUUGUCAACAAGUCUUCCAGAAGGGUUGACCAAGAGAAACAUGCUGUAAGGAGACAGGACCCUCAAGUGCUGUCUGCUUUUCCCAGAGGCAAACAGAACCAUAUGCUGAAGAACGUGGAAACACACACUGGUUCCCUGAUUGAGCAGCUAACUACAGAAAAAUACGAGUGUAUGGUGUGCUGUGAGUUGGUCCAGGUCACAGCCCCCGUGUGGAGCUGUCAGAGUUGCUUUCAUGUCUUUCAUUUGAACUGCAUCAAGAAAUGGGCACGGUCUCCAGCAUCACAUGCAGAUGGCCAGAGUGGUUGGAGGUGUCCUGCCUGUCAGAAUGUUUCUGCACAUGUUCCUAAUACCUACACUUGUUUCUGUGGCAAGGUAAAGAAUCCUGAAUGGAGCAGAAAUGAAAUCCCACAUAGUUGUGGUGAGGUUUGUAGAAAGAAACAACCUGGCCAGGACUGUCCACAUUCCUGUAACCUUCUCUGCCAUCCUGGACCCUGCCCACCCUGCCCUGCUUUUACAACUAAAACAUGUGAAUGUGGACGGACCAGGCACACGGUUCGCUGUGGUCAGCCUGUCUCAGUCCACUGUUCUAAUGCGUGUGAGAAUAUUUUGAACUGUGGUCAGCACCACUGUGCUGAGCUGUGCCAUGGGGGUCAGUGCCAGCCUUGCCGGAUCAUACUGAACCAGGUGUGCUACUGUGGCAGCACCUCCCGAGAUGUCCUGUGUGGAACUGAUGUGGGCAAGUCUGACGGAUUCGGGGACUUCAGCUGUUUAAAGAUAUGUGGCAAGGACUUGAAGUGUGGGAGUCACACCUGUUCUCAGGUUUGCCAUCCUCAGCCCUGUCAGCCUUGCCCACGGCUCCCCCACUUGGUGAGAUACUGCCCUUGUGGCCAAACACCUCUCAGCCAGUUGCUGGAACAUGGAAGUAAUGGUCGGAAAACAUGCAUGGAUCCUGUCCCUUCCUGUGGAAAAGUGUGUGGCAAACCCUUAUCCUGUGGUUCCUCAGAUUUCAUCCACACCUGUGAAAAGCUCUGCCAUGAAGGAGACUGUGGGCCGUGCUCUCGCACCUCAGUUAUCUCCUGCAGAUGUUCUUUCAGAACAAAGGAGCUUCCAUGUACCAGUCUUAAAAGUGAAGAUGCUACAUUUAUGUGCGACAAGCGGUGUAACAAGAAAAGAUUGUGUGGACGGCAUAAAUGUAACGAGAUCUGCUGUGUGGACAAAGAGCACAAGUGUCCUUUGAUUUGUGGAAGGAAGCUCCGCUGUGGCCUUCAUCGGUGUGAAGAACCUUGUCAUCGAGGGAACUGUCAGACCUGCUGGCAAGCCAGCUUUGAUGAAUUAACUUGCCACUGUGGUGCCUCUGUGAUCUACCCACCAGUUCCCUGUGGGACUAGGCCUCCCGAGUGUACACAGACCUGUGCCAGGAUCCAUGAUUGUGACCAUCCAGUAUAUCAUUCUUGUCAUAGUGAGGAGAAGUGUCCCCCUUGUACUUUCCUAACUCAGAAGUGGUGCAUGGGCAAGCAUGAGGAGCUCACAAUUAAGAAACUUUGGACUUUUAAAGAGACUUUGGACUUUUGAAGUGUUGGAAUUUUUGAAGACUUUGGGGGGCUUUUUUGGAGUUGGACUAUAUUUUAUAUUAAGAUAUUAUGAGAUUUGGGGACAAGAAAUGGAAAGUUAUUACACAAAUGACAUAUUUGUGUGCUAAGUUGACAUGGGAUGAAUUGUGCAGGUUUAACUGUCAACUUGACAACCUAGAUUCACCCAGAAAGAGAGUGUUAGUGAGGAAUUGCUUAGAUCAGAUUUGGUCUAUGGGUAUGUCUGUGGGGGAUUGUUCUGAUUGUUAAUGGAUGUGGGAAGACACAGCCCACUGUGAGAGGCACCAUUCCCUAGGCAGAAAAAUCCUAAAAUGUAUGAACAGAAAAAUCCAGCUGAGCAGCAAGCAAACAACAUGCAUGUAUUCAUUCCUCUCCUCCCUUGACUGUGGAUGUGCUGUGACUAGCUGCUUGAGUUCCUGCCUUGACUUAAAUGCAAUAAUGAACUGUAACCUGGAAUUGUAAGCCAAAUAAACCCUUUCCUCCUCUGUUUCUUUUUGUCAGGUUACUUUAUCACAGCAACAGACAGGGCAAGGGUCCUGUGACUGGUGUGUAUCCCCAGCCCAGUGAAAUGGUGUUGUAUAACCAACCAGGCAUAUGUGAUACAUGCUUCUCCUAUUCUAAGAUCAUAUAUUUUCUAACCUGCUCUUGUUACUCCCAUAACAUAACUCUUGACAUCUGUACCAUGUUUUCAAUAUUCUUUUAUCUUUAAUGGACUUUUUUUUCUUUACUUAUUUCCUAUGGCAGUUCUUUUUGUUUUUUUGAGACAGAGUUGUGUAGCCCUGGCUGUCCUCCACAGAGAUCCGCCUGCCUCUGCCUCUGCCUCCUGAGUGCUGGAAUUAAAAGUGUGAGCCGCGCACUGCCCAGCCUCCUGUGAUAGCUCUUACAUCUCUAUAAAUUGUGUGUGUGUGUGCAUGCAUGUGUAAUUUAUCUACCAUGAAAUACUCAUUAUCUUUAGCCAGUAAGAAGUAAUUGAAUACCUAAUCUAUGCCAGGUAACAGUAGUUGUGGAGUAACUGAGAAGUUAACAAAACUGACACACCCCUGCCUAUAUGGAUCAGUCAUUCAGGGAUGAGUGUGUAGAUAGAAACAGACAAUUGUAAGCAGGGUAAUUUGAGAACUGCAGAACUCUUGGGAGAUAGAUCCUGCCAAGAAAGCUAUUCUAGAGGAAGUAGCUCUAUACAGGACAAAGAUAUACUAAGCAAGCAUGAGGCAUGGGAGGCAGGAGCACAGCACACGCAGAAGGUAUCCCGAAGUCCAGAGCAAUUGGGAUCAUGUGUGGAGGCCUCUUCAGUGUUAAAAGUCAAAAAGUCACGUGUCGUGGCAGCGUCACAUUCUAGCAUGUGUUUGUAAUCUCAGCUUUAGAAAGACUGAGAGGAAGAUUCAGAGUUUGAGGCCAUGCUGGGUGACCCCAUGUCAAAAUAAAAAGUCAUGUGUUACUUAGAUAAAAAUUAUCUCUACAUUUCAACAGCUCUUGAAGAAAUUUGAGCAGAUCUAUAAAAGUAAUCCUGAAGCUGAGCAUAGUAGCUCACACCUGUAAUCCCAGCACUUGGGAAAGUU